AUGUUUCGUUUUUUGGUGUUCAGCACGUUUUUGAUAGUUUUCGGUUUAUCUCAUGCCGCCCAACGAGUAGUGAGAUCACCACAGUUUGGAUUCAGCCAAGCAAGCGCCAACGCGCAAGCUGGAGGAUUUGGUGGCGGAGGUUAUAACAGAUUUCCACCUGAACGUUACGGUGGACCCGGAUUCGGUCCAGGAUUUGGCCCACGUUCGCCUCCUAACUUUGGCGGUCCUGGUUUUGGUCCACGCAGUUUUGGCCCAGGCGGCUUUGGAAACGAACAUUACGGCCCUGGCGGGUUUGGGCCAGGACGUUAUGGACAAGGUGGUUUUGGCCCAGGUGGAUUCGGGUCAGGUGGCUUCGGUCGUGGCCCCGGUUUCGGUUCUGGUGGAUCAUUGAGUAUAUCAAAAAGUGUUAGCAUCAAUGCAGGUAGAGGAGGUCCUUCUGAAGCCAGUUCCAGUGCUAAUUCUUUCGGUAAAUAA